AUGUCUACCCGGUCGUUCUUGUUUUCGUCAUUACCAAACGAUAUUGUUUUAAACAUCUUAGCUCGUUUGCCUAGAAGGUACCACCCAAUUCUCUCUUGCGUGUCCCAGGAGCUACGAUCUCUCGAAUCUUCCUCUGAGCUUCGCAAGACUCGAUCUCUCCUCGGAAAGGAUUGCUUCUACGUCCGCUUUAUAGAAUUACAUUAUGGUCAAUUCUCUCCAUAUCACUGGUUUACUCUCACUGAGGAUCGUCGUUUGGUCUCGAUCCCGUUCCCUUCUCUGCCUGAGCCUUGCUUUACUGCUGCCACGGUGGGUCACGAUAUCUACUUUGUUAGCCGCUCGAUGAGCAUGUGGAUCCUCGAUUCCCGGUCUGGAACGUUGCGUGAGGGUCCAAGCUUGCUUGUGGCCUGCGAUAUUGCAGCUGUAGGACUAGUUAACGACAAUAUUUGCAUUUUUGGAGCAAGUGUCGACAAAAUAUACCAAGAUAUCCAAGCGCAAGUGUUUGACCUAAAGACGCAAACUUGGCAAAUCGCACCAAAUCCCAAUAGUAUGAAAGCUCAGUGGUGA